CUGGGCUGCGUCGUUCGACAAGACGUCGAAGAGAAACGCGAACCGAGGUCGCUUCUGCCCCCGAAAAGACAGAAAAGACUUCGCUCGAUGAGACAAUGGAUAAUACGGAGAAUAAGCUCGCGGGGUUGGUACAGAAAUACCCACACCUGUACGACUCAUCGCAGCGAGACUACAAAGAUAUCGCAAAAACACACAUUUCGUGGCUAGAAAUCGCCGACCGCAUGGGAAUGUCGGAAGCAGAAGUGAAGACGAAAUGGAAAAACAUACGCGACAAGUUCUGCAAAGCGAAGCGCCGCGUGGUGUUGAAGAACAUGUCACGGAUUUCCGAGCCUGGCGUGAACAUCCUGAAAGAAACGCGUCUUCCAUGGAUUUAUAUGCAGCUGCCCUGGCUGGACGAAUAUGUCAGAUUAAAAUCAGUAGACGAGUUAAAGGAGGUAGUUGAAAAAACAGAUGGGCUGGACCACCAGUGGGUAAAAGACAAAGAGGAGGAACAUGGUGCCCUGCCCAUCAUCUGGGCAUCUGACAGAACUCAUGACCUGGAGGAACGGUGUGAUAAAGGACAAGAGAAGGAAGACCACCACACACCGCUGCCUGUCAUCAACACUAGUUUUUCCCUCACAGAGUCCUCUUUAAGCAGGCCUCAGGAUAUUAGAGCCAAAAAGCAGAAAACCACAGAAGAAGAGAAAACCGGUGCAGAUCCUAUCAGCAGCUACAGAGAUGAAGAUGAACUCUUUCUGUUGAGCCUGCUGCCCUCACUUAAAAGACUAACCACUAAAAAAAGAAUGGAGGUGCGCAUGAAGUUCCAGCAGGUUCUGUAUGCUGCAGAGUUUGACGACUAGAACAUACGAGAAACCCCAUAAGGCUGCAGGAAGUCACUGCAUCACAUUUGGAUUCUUAUAAAUAGGUUUCACCUAUCAGAAAUUAUUAUUAUUUGCAUAUUUGGUCGUUUUAAACAUUUGCAGGAUUAGAUUAUUUUCUUAUUUCUCACAAAGGUUGUUAGCAUUAUAUACUUUUAUGUUGAAGACAUUUUGUUUUCAAAUUCAUUAAAUUAAAAAAUCCCUAUGAGGAGCCUGCUCCUUCCCUUGAAAACAGGGAUAAUAAGGACACUUCUAGGGUCAAAUUUCACAGUAAAGUGGACAAUUGGUUGAAACAAGUUAAGUCAAGUCAUCAUUAACUGAAAAUGUGAUUUCCCAGAAUUGUAAUUUUUGGAUGUAAACAGGCUGAAAAUGAAAAGAAGCAAAAAUUCUUUUUGAUUAGGUAAGAAGGAUAUUUUUGCAGGAAUUUUUCUGAACGUAACCAAUGAAAUCUGUUCAUCUGAUUUACUGAAGUAAUGUAUUUUUCACUUAUUUCAAAAUAAAACCAUAUAUUCUUUUAUGUA